AUGCAGUGGUUCAAGGGGAGUAUCUUCGGUGCCUUCCGACGUGACUUCCUGGACUUUGCACUCCACAGCCCUGCGACACAACCCCUCCUCGGAAUCCUCUUCUCAGACAAGGGACUUGUAAUCCCGGAUGAAUUUUUCUUCCAGACCGUAGCAUUUAACCCUCACCUCCGCGCCCCCGGCGCCUGCCGUUUCCUGCCACUGCCCACGGAGGUUGGUAUGGGCUACCCAGCAACGUAUGCAUUAGCUAAUGUGCCACCUUCUCGUGGUCUUGCCGGUUAUGUAGGAAAUACUGGGAUGCGAGCCUUUUCAUUUAUUCGGUAA